AUGAGUAUCAUAGACCUUCCAGUGUUUGGUGGUCUGCAAGGAGGAGUCAGAGACCGACAAGCUGGGGGGGUUGGGAAUGAUUUAGCGAAUCUCUCACACAAGGAGAUCAGCUGCUCAUGUAGCCAGGCCCUGAAGGUUGUGAAAGGAGUCUUUCCUGUCAUUGACUGGUUCUCCAGAUACCCAAUAAGAGAGUGGCUUCCCGGUGAUGUCAUCUCUGGUGUUAGCACUGGUCUGGUAUGCAGUUUACAAGGCCUGGCAUAUGCCCUGCUUGUGUCCGUGGCUCCAGUCUAUAGACUCUACUCUGCCUUCUUCCCCAUCCUCACCUACUUCCUGCUGGGCACCUCCAGACACAUCUCUGUAGGUCCCUUCCCUGUCACCUGUCUAAUGGUAGGCUCCGUCGUGUUGACCCUCGCCCCCGAUAACCACUUCCUGCUUCCUGGGAAUGGCACCGGUGUGAAUGGAACAGAGGCUGAUGGGAUUGCGGUGGAUGUGGAGGCCAUGGAGGCCCAGAGGAUCAUGGUGGCGUCCUCCAUGACUGUGCUGGUCGGGCUGUUCCAGGUGGUAAUGGGGCUGCUCCAGGUGGUCUUCCUGGUCCGUUAACUGUCAGACCCCCUGGUGGGCGGCUUCACCACGGCCGCUGCCUUCCACGUCCUCAUCUCCCAGCUGAAGAUAGUCCUCUCCGUCCCCACUAACAACCACAGCGACUGCUUCUCCACCCUCUGCACGCUCAUCGACGUGUUUACCAACAUCAGACAGACCAACAGAGCUGACCUGGUGGCCGGGCUGCUCACCAUUGUCAUCGUCAUGGCCGUAAAAGAGGUCAACACCAAAUUCCGGCACAAGAUUCCUGUCCCCAUCCCCAUCGAAGUGAUUGUGACCGUGGUUGCCACUGGAAUCUCCUACGCCACGUCGCUGGAGUCGUGCUACGGCGCCAGCAUUGUGCACAGCAUCCCCAGGGGGUUUGCUCCAGGUCAGCCCCCCAACAUAGAGCUGCUGUGGAACAUUCUGGGCUCUAGUUUCUCUACAGCGGUAGUGGGCUAUGCAGUGGCUGUCUCUGUGGCCAAGGUAGUAUAUGCUGCAAAACACGGCUACACUAUUGAUGGCAAUCAGGAGCUGAUAGCGUUCGGGUUCAGCAAUGUGUUUUGUGGCUGCUUCUCUGGCUUUGUGGCACGCACUGCACUGUCCCGCACCACUGUACAGGAGAGCACCGGUGGCAAGAGUCAGAUGGCUGGUAUAAUCUCAGCUGUGAUGGUAAUGAUUGAUAUCCUGGCUCUGGGGCACCUCUUGGAACCCCUGCAGAAGUCAGUGCUGGCAGCCAUCGUCAUCGCCAACCUGAAUGGAAUGUUCAUGCAGGUGCCCACACUGUGGAGACAGAACAGAGCAGACUGUUUCAUUUGGCUGGCGACCUGCCUGGCUUCUGUGGUGUCGGGACUGGACGUGGGACUGCCGGCUGGCCUGCUGUUUGAGAUGGGAACUGUGUUGGUCAGGACACAGUUUCCUGCAUGCUCUACACUUGGAAACAUACCCGGCACAAAAUACAGGAACAUGAAAGACUACAAGAAUAUUACAGAAGUUCCCGGAAUUAAGAUUUUUAAGUGCAAUGCUCCCAUCUACUUUGCCAACAUUGACUACUUCAAAGAGCGAUUGAGAGCCACGGUGGGGUUUGACUCUGGCAGAGUGUUCAAGAAGAGGAAUAAGGCCCUCAAGAAGAUUCACAAGCUCAUAAAGAAAGGGAAACUGAGGGCGACAGAGGUACGAUACAUCAUUAACGAGUUCCUACGCAUCGGAGUCAACGUCUACAUCGCAGGCUGUGACGAUGGAAUUGUAUGGAAAAUGGAAGCAUUGGCCUUCUUCGACUUGGAGGUCAUACGAGAUCUCCUCUUUCUCUCGGUCCACGAUGCCAUCCUCUUCAUCAAACUGGAGACAGCCAAUGGGAGCAUGCAGGAUGCCAUGGUUGAGGGGGUGAGGGACCAGGAAAUCUGUGGAUUAUUCUCUUAUUUUAAUUGAUGCUCAAACAACUGACUAAAGACUGUAUUUACCUUGCUAUCUUGUCUUUGCCAGCUUUCUCUAAGGCAGGACUGCAAGGAGCCACC